AUGGCAGGAAGUGCAGGGACGUUAUGGACAGAGAAACUGUUUAAAGUUUUAGUCAUUGGGGAUAUAGGCGUUGGAAAAAGCAGCAUUGUCUUACGUUAUGUUAAUAAACGGUUUGAUGAAAGAUACAAAGCAUCUAUUGGAGUGGACUUUGCUCUAAAAUCUCUGGAAUGGGACCCCCAGACGGUGGUGAGAGUGCAACUUUGGGAUAUUGCAGGCCAGGAGAGGUUUAAGAAGAUGUCCAGAGUGUACUACAGAGGAGCGAUGGGAGCAAUAGUGGUCUUUGAUGUUACAAACAGCUCCACCUUGGAGGCUGCCGCAGAGUGGAAGCAGGACCUAGACAGCAAAGUCAGUCUCGACAGCGGACGUCCGCUCCCUGCUGUCCUGUUGGCCAACAAAUGUGACAUGACAGGAAGGGACAGAGGCUUGGUGUCCUCUCUGGACCGUUUCUGUGAAGACAACAACUUCAUGGGCUGGUUUGAGACCUCUGCAAAGGACAACAUAAAUAUUAAUGAAGCAGGUGCCUUCCUUGUCAAACAAAUGAUGCUCUGCGACACCAGUCUGUCCAGUGAAGAGUACCACAGGGACAGGAUCAAAGUGAGCCAGGCUUCAGAGGAGAGUCAGAGCCAGUCAUUGUGCUGCUGGAGUCCACGGUUCUGA